UAAAAGUAAUUUCGACUACAUUUUAUCUUGACAUGUCAAGUUAUCAAAUUUUUUCCCAAUAUUUAUAACAAUUUUUAUUCAUUUAUUUAUUUUCAUAUCCAUAUUAUCUAUAUAUUUAGGAAUGAAGUAGUUUAAAUAUUAUAAGAAAAUUAUCAAAACUCGAUUUUAUUAAAAUUUACUAAUUCACUUUAACUGCUGCAAUUUAUUAUAUUUUAGAAAAUGUUACUUUUAUGUAGUAUGUUUUCUACGUAUUCCAAAGGCCUUAAAAGCACGUUAUUGAUUGGAAAUUCAAGAUAUUUAAGUAAAGCUAAAGUAACUAUUUUAGGGAUUGAAACUUCUUGUGAUGAUACUGGUUGUGCUGUUGUUGAUGAUACUGGUAAAAUAUUAGGUGAAUCUUUGUACUCUCAAAACGAUAUUCACAUAAGGUAUGGUGGUGUAAAUCCACUUAUUGCUUAUGAACUUCAUCGUAAUAAUAUUGAAUUGGCUGUUAAUAAAGCAAUACAAUCAUCUAAUUUAAAAAUAAGUAAUAUAGAUGCAAUUGCUGUAACUACAAAACCAGGUAUGCUCAUAAAUCUGCAAGUUGGAGUAAAAUAUGCAAAAUAUCUUGCAAGAAAAUUUCACAAGCCUUUAAUACCUAUUCAUCAUAUGGAAGCUCAUGCCUUAGUUACUAGAAUGUAUCAAACCAUAGCAUUUCCAUUUAUAGUUUUACUUAUAUCAGGAGGACACUGCCUUUUAGCUGUUGCUAAAGAUGUUGACGAAUUUCUUUUACUUGGAGAAGGAUUAGAUAAUGCACCAGGUGAAAUUAUGGACAAAGUUGCUAGAAGAUUAAAAUUAAAAAAUGUAACAGAAUACUCAUUAAUGCCUGGAGGAAAAGCAAUAGAGGUUGCAGCACGUAAAGCAUUAAAUCCUGAACAGUUUAAAUUUCCGUUGCCUUUAGCAAGGUAUCGAGAUUGUAAUUUUAGUUUCAGUGGACUAAAAGAUUCAGUAUUCCGUUCAUUGACAAAGAAAGAAUCUGAGCACGGCACAAUUGGGGAUGAGAUUGUUCCAGAAGUGAAUGAUUUAUGUGCAGCCUUUCAGCUUGCUGUUGCUGAACACAUAGCACACAGAACAGAACGAGCUUUAAUAUUUUGUGAAAAAGAAGAUCUUAUAAGCAGUCACAAUAGAACAAUUAUUGUAUCUGGUGGUGUUGCAUGUAAUGAUACCAUAUUUCAGUCUAUUGAAUUGAUUGGUAAGAAAAUGGGGUAUAGAGUUUAUAGGCCUCCAUCUAGAUUGUGUACAGAUAAUGGAGUAAUGAUAGCAUGGAAUGGGAUAGAGAAAUUUAGAAAACAAAUUGAUAUAUUUUCAGAUAUUGAUCUUAGUGAUGUAACUCCUAUUGCACCUUUAGGUAAAAGCUUAGUAAAUGAAGUGAAGGCUGCUCAGAUACCAGUGAGGGUAACAAGAUUAAAAAAACAUGGAUUUACAUGAAAAAACAUUGUACAUUUCUUUAAUACUGCUUAUGAAUUUGCUUUCUGAACACUCUGACAUCUAUUUAUGUAAGAGAAAGAAUCAGUAAUUGUUUAAAUAUUCUAAGAAAUUAUUAUAAUAAGAAAAAAUAAUAUAAACAGUUUCCAGAUUUUACAUAGUUUUAAUUAAUUAAAUCUAUUACAUAUAGAUUACUCUUGAUGAUCAUGCAUGUUCACAAGAAGUUUCUCCUUUAUUUAGGUGUAGUAGUCUGUAAAUCUGAAAAAAAAAACUUGUUUAAUGAAUUUAUUCAAAAAUAAUGAAUAAGUUAGUAAUGGCAAUCGACACACAACAUGGAUGUAGAAUAUUAUAUUUUCAAUCCUUAUUUUAUUAUGAAACAUUUUUCAAAUAUUUUUGUUGUAAAUUUAGUUAUGCAACUAUAGUUAGAUAGUAACUAAAAGCUUUUUAAUGUUUAUUAUUAGGAGUUUCAUA